AUGCCAAUGAGCGAUCGAUGGUUUAUCAAAUCUCCACAACUCUAUCAUGCUCGACAAGGACCAUCGAAUCAAAAUAAUUAUCACAACGGUAUUCCAGAAAUGCAUAAAGAAUACGAAGAUCCAGAAUAUUAUUAUUCUAGGCCACCUGACCUUCCACAGAAACCUACGCCACCACCACUUCCACCAAUUAAUUCUUUACAAAAAAUAGUCCCAACACAUUUUGUGAUCGAACAUAAACAAAGGAAAGGAUGGAAUCUGAGGGUUGCAAUAUUGGGGUGCUUGCUAGCCGUAAUGGCAACAUUGUUCAUUUUAUCACUGCUUUAUUUUUUAAUUUUGGAGCCGGGAAAGAGUUCAAAUACAAAAAUUGCAUUACAAUCAAUAACUUCUAAUGCUCAAAGUCAGUACAAUGAAAGAGGCUUGCACAUAGAUUCCACUCCAUUGCUACCUUCAAAAAAUGCAAUAGAUGUCGAAGUGACAUCAAGUUUUUUGCUUACAAUGUUAAUUACAAAACGGAAAUUAUGCUUAUUUGAAGUGGGCACUGAUCGAAUGGCCGAGUCAAAAAGAGAAUAUCGCAAAGAGCACAUUGAAUCUGCACGUUUAUUAGAAUUUGCGAAUUUAAGCGAAAAUGGAAUACCAAAACAUCCACUUCAUUUUCAACGUUAUGCGAGAAGUUUAGGCAUUGAUGAAGAUUGUCAUUUGAUUCUCUACGAUCGAGGAGAAGUUAUUUGGGCUACAUUUGCUUUCUGGAUUUUUACGCUUUUUGGUCACCCAAAAGUUUCACUUUACUCUGGUGGUCUUAAUGAAUGGAAAAGACUCAAGACUAACUCCCCACAGUACAAGACUGAAAGUGGUGAUGGCAUAUAUUUACAAUAUAAUGGCCAUUUCCGAGCACAGUGGAACACAGAUAAGUUUUUGACACAGGUCAUCUGUACAUUCGAUGAUGUGCUCACAAACAUGGAACUCAAGAUAUAUGACCUGGUGGAUGCACAAGAUCGAGAACAUUAUGAAGGUAUUUCAUCGGAUGCAGUGCAUGGUCACAUCAGAUCUGCAGUGAAUAUUCCGACUGGAGAUAUCUUCAAUUGGAAUAGCCAUAAAUGGCAUGAUGAACUUUAUAUGAAAGAUCACUUUCAUUCAAGAAAGCUUGUUGAAAGCAGGCCUGUAAUUGUUUAUUCAGCAACAGCAAUUCGGUCGAGUUUAACUUGGCUUGCUUUGAGAAAAUCAGGCUAUAAUUCUAGUAUAUAUUUUGGUUCAUGGCCAGAAUGGCUUAUUAGAGCUCCAGAAAUCCUCAAAAUUAUACCUAAAAGAAAAUUAUAA